AUGCGCUUCGCGAGGUCAGAUAUCUUGAACCUCCGAGCGCAAUGUACGAAGGGAAUGAGUACUUACAAUAUUCUUACCCUUGAUCAUGCCUACACGAACUUUUCCGCGCGCGCCUCGAACUCCCCCGCGCCCACUCAAAACAUACUCCUCUUCCUCAUCGCCUUCCGUCUCGUCAAUGCGUUCGCAGUUCGGACCUUUUUUCAACCAGAUGAAUACUUUCAGUCACUGGAACCAGCCUGGGAGAUCGCCUUCGGUCAAGGCCAAGGGGCCUGGAUAACAUGGGAAUGGCGACACCAACUCCGAUCCUCACUACAUCCUCUCUUCUUCGCCGCUCUCUAUAAAACCGCCGAUUUCCUCGCCUCCACCCUCAGCCUCUCCCCGGCCACGCGCGCAGAGCUCCUAGUUGCCGCCCCGAAGACAGCGCAGGCCGUUGUGGCGGCAAUUGGUGAUUUCUACACGUGGAAGCUUGCAGUUCGCGUCUAUGGAAAUGAUUCCCGUGGAUCCUGGACAACGCUGGUCGCAACAGUCCUAAAUCCCUGGCAAUGGUUCUGCUCAACUAGGACCCUGUCGAACUGUUUUGAAACAACAAUCACCAUUGUCGCGUUGGAACUAUGGCCAUGGCAAUGGUCGGUAGGCUCUACAGCCGGCGAUGGCCGCGGCAAAAAGACUGGCAAUCAAAUGAGGGGUACGGACCGGGAUCGAAGUGUGAUUAUUGGCUUCCACAAAUGCCUGCCGCUGGCGGCGCUCGCAUGUAUCCUGCGGCCGACUAACAUUCUCGUUUGGGCAACCCUGGCCGGCCUCGCUUGGCUUCGGACGUCUUGGCCCCAGCGCAAGAUCCUCAUUUUUGAAGUUAUACUUUGCGGAUCGGCAAUUCUCGCGGUGUCUACCGUUGCAGACCGUCUCUUCUAUGGAAUUUGGACCUUCCCACCGCUCAGAUUCCUAUACUUCAACAUCGCCCAGUCACUGGCUGUCUUCUACGGCAGCAAUGACUGGCAUUACUAUAUCUCACAGGGCUAUCCGCUUCUACUCACCACUUUGUUGCCUGCUGCGCUGAUUGGUUUAUACACAACCUUGACGGCUCGGAAAUCUACGGUGGGAGACAGUUUACAAACAGCGAUCCGAGCACAAUUGGCCACAGUCUGCCUUGUGAUGCCAUUUGUCCUCUCUUUGAUUUCUCACAAGGAAGUUCGCUUCAUCUACCCAUUGCUACCAUGUCUGCACAUCUUAGCCGCGCCACCUUUGGUGCAGUUCUUUUACCCAGCCAUCUACUCGCCGGCAUACGCGCGUUAUACUCCCCGCAUGUUGAUUCUCAUUUUUCUCGUUCUUGUAAACGUGGUCAUUGCGCUGUACACAACUCUCUAUCACGCAUCGGGAACUAUUAAGGUCCUCUCCUAUCUCCGUCAGCAGCACCAAACACACUCAGCAUCGAUAACAAAAAGAGGAACAGACUCCACCUCUGAAACCGGAAUCUCUGCUGGUUUUUUAAUGCCCUGCCACAGCACACCCUGGCGCUCCCAUCUAGUCUACCCAACAAUUAACGCUUGGGCCCUUUCCUGCGAGCCACCGAUCGAUCUCAAUGCAACCCAGAAAGCCGUUUACCGAGAUGAAGCAGACCAAUUCUACGACGACCCGGACCAAUUCCUACACCAGAACAUGGCUGGUGGUCUCCGUCACUUCCCUCGACGACCCAGCUACAUCUCUCCCGCACACCAUUCUCUGUCAGGAAAUGCCCCCGAUGAGGCCCCACGCCAUGAUUGGCCCGACUACCUCAUCUUCUUCGCCCAACUCGAGCCAACCCUCCACCCCCUGCUGCGCAGCUCCCACUAUGACGAGUGCUGGCGCACCUUCAACACCGACUGGCACGACGACUGGCGUCGUCGCGGCGACGUCGUAGUCUGGUGCCUGGAUACGGUAGAGCAGGACGCCUGGCGCUCCACUGCCCAACGCCAAGUGCAGCAAAGCCGAGAUGAGCAAUUCGAUCGUAUCGUAGAAUCUUUCAAGCAAGAGGGCCGCAAGCAGAAACAGCAGUCAUGGAUGGGCUUCCACGCGUCUUCGACGCCUUGGUCCCCAUCGCCUCCUUCAUUGAUUGAGUCAUGGCGACGUGCAGCAGGGUCUCUUUUCUCGUUGUCUCCAAAAGCACCGCUGUCUUGGCCUUGGCAACGUUCAGCGGGCUCUCUUUUCUCGUCACCUGCACAAACAUCGUCGUUUUGGCCUUGGCGGCCCCCCACUCGUUGGGAGAGCUUUGUAGCGAAGUUCUCAUUCGCGAAACAGAAGCCAGGUUGGCUCCCUUCUUGGGCGUCGGAUCGGCUUUCUAAGUUGCCGUCUUGGUUGGGCGGAGCUAAGAGGAAACCUACGGAAGCAGAGUUGUGGUCUUGA